GUUUAGCCGCGACCCCGUUCAGUCAACCGUCAUUCCGUCUCUUGCUCUCAAGCGGCGUGCAACCAUGGCGGCCACGGCCUCCUCCUUCCUCGCCCGCCGCCUCCUCCUCACCCGCCGCGUCCUUUCCUCCCCCCUCCGCCCCUUCUCCACCACUGACUCCUCCUCAUCCUCCUCCUCCUCCUCUUCCUCCGACGACUCCCGUGCGGGAUCUGAUGCGGGACCCGACCCCGAGCAGCAGCAACCGCCACCAGCGGGCCAGGAUCAGCAGGCCGCCGCCCGGCCGCGCGCCGGCGACACCCGUCCCCUCGAGAACGGCCUUGACCCCGGAAUCUACAAGGCGAUAAUGGUGGGGAAGGUGGGGCAGGAGCCGAUACAGAAGCGGCUGAGGAGCGGGAGAACGGUCGUGCUGUUCUCGCUCGGCACCGGCGGCAUCCGCAACAACCGCCGCCCGCUGGACCGCGAGGAGCCGCACCAGUACGCUGAACGAUGCUCCGUGCAGUGGCACCGCGUCUGCAUCUACCCGGAACGGCUCGGCAGCCUCGCGCUCAAGCACGUCAAGACCGGUUCUGUUCUUUAUCUGGAAGGGAAUCUUGAGACGAAAGUGUUUUCUGAUCCUAUAACUGGACUGGUUCGGCGCAUAAGAGAAAUAGCUGUGCGCUCAAAUGGCCGUCUCUUGUUUCUUGGGAAUGAUUGUAAUGCGCCCAAGUUAGGUGAAGCCAAGGGCGUUGGCUACUUCUGAAACUGAGGUCCACUCGACAUCAAGAGCAUCUCCAACAGUCUCUCUCACUCUCCAAAUGUCUAUUUGGCCAACUCUCCAUCUAAUUUGACAAGCCAAACUCGUUGUUUACUCCAACAGCCUCUCCAUCUACCAUCUCCAUUACAAGUCUAUGACAAAUGGGACCCAUACGUCAGCCUCUACUACCCUUCUUCCACUCUCUUUUCCCCACCCGGCCACCCCUUCUACCACCUCCAGUACUACUUACUGCCUCCUCCCCUCGCCUUUACCUUGGAUGCGGCGACGACGGAUGACGACGGCCACGGCAACUCGCGUGCGCGCAAGGCGCGGAUGCGCGAGGCGACGGCGGACGGCGGCGGCGACUCGCGUGCGCGCAAGGCGCAGGUGCGCGAGGCGGUGGCGGCGGCGACUCGUGACCGAACCAGUUCCCGACGACGGCGACGACGCAUGGCCACCAGGCGAACUGGACGACUCCGCUGGCGACCUCGGCGGCGAGGAAGAAGGCGAGGCUGUGCACGCCGAGGAAGUAGGCUGCGCCGCGCCGCCGGCGUGGCCCCGGAGGCGACCAUGGCGGCACCGAGGAGGCGGCGGAGGUCGGCGCGGUCGGCGAGGUGGCCCACGGCAAACAUGGCGGUGACGAGGAGGCGGCGGAGGUCGGCGCGGUCGGCGAGGUGGCCACCGGGCUCGCCGAGGCGGUGCGGGCCGGAGGCGGCCGCGCGACUGGAGGCGGCGGCGUGGGAAGCUGGCGCCGCGGCUUCCAUUUGGAGGCGACGACGAAGAAGACAAGGAGGAGCGUGGUGGGACCCAUGGAUGGCCAGUGAAUGGCAAGUGGAGUAGGCUGGCCAAGUUUGGCUAGUGAGGGAAGAAAUUUGGCCAUCCGGAUGGCUUGGAGAGUGGGAUGGAGAGGCUGUUGGAGUGGGAUUUUUGUUCAAAAUGGCUAAAUUUUGGCUUGGAGAGUGGGAUAGAGAAGCUGUUGGAGAUGCUCUAAGAUCUGUAGAGUUUGAGGGAUAAACAAGUUAUCAAACCUGCAUGCUAACACCCCAAAACUUUACUUUCUCA